AUGGAUUAAUCAACUAUGAUUGAUGAAUCUGAAUAGUCUUUAGAAUAAUCUAGAAGGGUAGAACCAACUGUAUCUGAUAAAAUGAAAAGGACUGAAUCAGCUGCACUCAAAUAAAAAAUAAUUAAGUAGCUAUUGUGUAUGCAUUAAAGUUAAGUUUCAUUCGAGAUGUGUAAUAAAACAAAAUGCCAUUUGAUUCUUUACCAAAUAUAGUAUAACAAAAAAUAAGCGACUUUGAAGAUGAAUUUCAAGACUUAUGGAAAGAAUCUGAUGAAUAUUUAAGAGAAAAUGGAGAAGCCAUUGAAAAACUUGUUAUGAAACCACUUUGUUCCAAGUAUUUGCAUUCAUUAAUAUUAUUAGAUUGAUUUCAAUAGAUUUAGUCAAAGAUAGAGAAAUUGAAUUUUCUAUGAAAACAUAUUCAUUUGUUUAAGCUAAACAUCUUGAAAUUGAUGAAAACAUUGAAAAACAUAAAAUGUUUAACUAAGUAGUAGAUUGUAAAUUGUAUAUUUAUAUAUUUUAGUAAUAUCUAAAAUUGAUAAAGUAGAAACACCAAGAGAAAAAUUAAAUUGUAUAGUAAAUGCAGGUAAACAAACAAGUGGUAAUAUAUUCAUAACUAUAAUUUAGCUAUUGUUAAUCAAAUGGCCAAUAAUCAACCUACAGGUGCUGAUAAUCUUUUACCUGUAUUAAUAUAUGCAACUCUUAAAGCUCAACCAUAAAAAGCCUAUUCUAAUAUAUUAUUUGUUAGUUAUUAUAGAUCACCUAAAAGAAUAACUGGAGAAGAUGAAUACUAUUUUACUACUUAUGAAUCAACUCUCUAAUUUAUAGAAAAAUUAGAUCAUCAUAAAUUAAAUAUCAAUCAUCAAGAAUUUUAAGAUCUAAGUAAAGAACGUUUAGAUAAUAUUAAAAAUUCAUAAAAUGUAAUUAUAUAUAAUAAUUUAUAGGAAUUAUCUCAAAAUGGAGUUUUUAAUAUGGAUGCACAUUAAAAUUAUGUCAAUUUAUAAAUGAUUAAAAUGAAAAUAUAAGAUCUUCAACGUAAAUCAAAGUUUUAUGAAUAAUCAAAGAAAUAUAGAUUAAAAUUUAAUCAAAAAUAGUUAAAUGUAUAUUUUUGUAUUUAAAUUUAGAAUAUAAACUUAAAUGAAAUACCAGAUUUUUAUGAAGAAUAUUAGAAUCUAUAUAAAAAUUUGAUAGAAAUGCAAAAAGAUAUUCAUAAUCUAUAUGAUUUAACAAAUGAAAUAAUCAAGGAAAGUUAAAGUGAAACUAAAAAAUAAGCAACUCGAAAAUUCUUUGGAAUUCUUUGA